AUGUCGCAGUUCCAAUUUCACAGCAUGGUGUCAGAGGUGACACGAAUGGAUGGAGAAAUAAAAAAAGGUCCUAAGAUGAGGUGGCAGAGAAAAGCUGAAGAAGCUGGGUUAAGUUACCUUCAAGUAGGAACUGAGCCAAGAGGUCCCUUGUCACCAUGGAAACCAAGAUCUGCCAAGACACCAGGGAUAACUCCUAAGACACCGCUGUCACCAAGUAAAACACUCACUUUCCCCACAACAAAUAAGACACCAGGGAAGACCCAGCCACAAGGGAAACACCCAUCAAAAACUCCAAAUAAGACACCUGGCAAACAACCACAGCCAAAACAAGACAGAUUUAUUCCAAAUCGAUCAACAACUGACAUUGAUAUGAGCCACUACGCCAUGAUGAACGACAAAAAUGAUGAGAACACACCGCCACCAAAAACUGGAUACCAUCAGCAGCUGAAUGAGGCACUGAGUAAAGGACAAAACCCUCAGAAUGCCAAGGUGCUCAGCUUUAAGGAGAAGGCUCCAGAAUGCUCGGCAGGUCACCUCAACAACCUCAAGGUCUUAUACAGCUCUAGUAAGUCGGCUGUCCCGAAGUGUUCCACAACUCGCUUCAUUCCGCAGCAGCCGGACCGGAUCCUGGACGCCCCAGAGCUACUGGACGAUUACUAUCUAAACUUGUUGGACUGGUCCAGUAACCAUUUAGCUGUAGCACUGGGUGGAGCUGUGUAUAUGUGGAAUGCAGCAGAUGGUUCCAUCGUCCAACUGAUGGAGAUGACCAGUACGGAUGAUUAUGUGUCUUGCGUAUCAUGGAUAAAGGAGGGAAAUAUUCUAGCUGUAGGCACCAACAUGGGAAACACACAGUUAUGGGAUGCUGAAAAACAGAAGUUAGUGAGAACAAUGACUGGACAUUCAUCACGUGUUGGGUCCCUAGCAUGGAACACAUUUGUCCUCAGUAGUGGAGCUCGCUCUGGUAUGGUCCGUCAUCAUGAUGUCCGAGUUGCCAACCAUCAUGUGGGCACACUAUCCAAUCACACUCAAGAGGUAUGUGGACUCAGCUGGUCACCUGAUGGACGUUUUCUUGCUAGUGGAGGUAAUGACAACCUGCUGAACAUCUGGGAUAACAACAUGAGCCAUGAGACUGUACCAGUGCAUACCUUCACACACCAUCAGGCGGCAGUCAAGGCAUUGAGUUGGUGUCCAUGGCAAGCUGACCUGUUAGCCAGUGGUGGGGGAACAGCUGACCGACAUAUUCGCUUCUGGAAUGUUUCCACUGGAUCCUGUUACAACUCUGUGGACACAAACUCUCAGGUUUGUUCCAUCUUGUGGUCUAAAGAACACAAAGAGCUGAUCUCUGGCCACGGCUACUCGCAGAACCAGUUGACCAUCUGGAAAUACCCCACGAUGAACAGAGUGGCUGAAUUGACAGGACAUACAGCAAGAGUGUUGUGUCUGACCAUGUCUCCAGAUGGCAGUACUGUAGCUAGCGCUGCUGCAGAUGAAACAAUCAGACUCUGGAAGUGCUUUGAAGCUAAAGCUACUGCAGCCAAUACAAAGCCUACGAAGGACACAAGUAGCUUUAGUCAGAUGCGUGCUGGGAUUCGCUAA